CAGAUAUCAACCAUUCACUCCUUCAUUCCGUUGCAGAGAGGAACGUAUUGAGUUGUAAAAUGUAACUUAUAAAUAUUGUAAAUACGUAAAUAUGGAAAUUGUGAAAGUGACGGAUAAUUUAAGAGUGGCUGACAGCCGGGAUAAUAUGAAUUCAACCACACACUCGACUGUGACUCUCGAUAGAAAAGGAGUGGAGGAGCCAGAGGAAUAUGACCCCUUUGAACAUCGGAAUAUUACGCACCCCACUUCGACUCUGGGAGCAUUUUUCCAUCUCCUCAAAUCGUCACUUGGGUCAGGUUUCCUGGCCAUGCCGGCUGCCUUCAGAAAUACAGGACUGAUCCCAGGAUGUAUAGGAACUGCUUUAGUGGCAGUGAUAGCCACACACUGCGUGCACAUUCUGGUAUCAACUUCCAGAGAAGUUUGUAAGGAAGCAAGAACAGCUGCCAUGAGCUACACAGACACCUGUGAGUGGGUGUUCAAGUUAGGACCUAAGAAAUUAAGAAAAUACUCAACACACGUCAGACACUUCGUGGAUUCCGCGAUGGCUGGCGUAUGCCUUGGUGGUACUAGUGUCUACGUCAUAUUUAUUGCCUCUUCGCUUAAAGAUAUUUUCGACCACUUCAUCCCAGAACAUAAGCUGUCCGUAGAAGCAUACUGCGGUAUACUCCUGGUUCCUCUGAUUCUUAUAACCCAGAUCCGAUAUCUUAAAUUCUUGGUGCCUUUCUCGAUUUUCGCCAAUGUCUGCCUGGUGCUGACCUUUGGCAUCACAUGCUACUACACAUUCCAAGACAUACCCUGGCCUAACGAAGCUGAGCUGAUCACGGGAGUGACAAGAUGGCCUUUGUUUUUAAGUACAGCAAUAUUUGCAAUGGAAGGCAUAAAUGUGGUUAUGCCAAUCGAGAACGAAAUGGCAAAACCGAAGCAUUUUCUCGGAUGUCCCGGAGUUUUAAACAGCACCAUGAUUUUUGUAGCCGUAGUCUACGGGAUUGUCGGAAUAUUCGGCUAUUUGAAGUAUGGUAACACUGUACAAGGAAGUGUUACUUUGAAUCUGCCUCAAGGUGAAAUAUUGGCGCUGGUGGCAAAAGUGUUGGUAGCCACAGCGGUAUUCUUCACGUAUUGUCUUCAAAUGUACGCACCAAUGGACAUUAUAUGGACGCGGCUUCGAGGAAAUUUCAGUAAGAGAUACCACAAUGUCAGCCAAAUAGGAAUGAGGACUAUCAGCGUUAUUUUAACUGUUGUGCUGGCCGCAGCAGUUCCGGACUUAGAGCUUCUCAUCGGACUGGUGGGAGCCAUAUUCUUCUCCACACUGGGUCUCCUGAUCCCGGUGGUCGUGGAAACAGUCCACAAAUGGCACAGAGGGCUGGGACCCUGCGGCAUCAUACUGUGGAAGAACUUUCUAUUGUUAUUGUUUUAUUUUGUUGUGCUGUUAUCUGGGUGUUACUCCGCGAUUAGCGAAAUUGUUGCCAAAUAUACGAGAUAAGUUCGU